CGCUCUUGGAAAUGAAACGUCACCAAAAUCCAAGAUGGAUUCCGCAGUUCUUGAAGCAUCCCUGUACACAGUUAAAGCGAUUGCAAUUCUGGAUAAUGAUGGUGAACGAGUAGUUGCGAAGUACUAUGAUGACCAAUACCAAACCACAAAGGAACAGAAAGAGUUUGAAAAGAAUCUUUUCAACAAAACACACAGAGCAAAUGCUGAAAUUAUAAUGUUAGAUGGCUUGACGUGUGUGUAUAGAAGUAAUGUGGAUCUCUUCUUUUAUGUUAUGGGUUCUUCCAAUGAAAAUGAGGUAAAUGUCUUAAUUGGGUUUCAAAUGGCUCUUUCCAGUGUGUGUGAUGACCGCGCGCACGAUGUGACUCUGCCCAUUUUAUACCGCUCCAAAAGCGCCGAUGCUCUGAUCCCGCGUCGGAAAAGCAUGGCUAUUCUUUCAUGA